UUGUCCAACGCCUUCUCCCCCACAGCCCAGGACAAAUACAUAUAUGUAGUGUCCAAAGCCUUCCCUCCACAGUCUAGGAAAAAUCGAAAACAUUGUCAAACGCCUUCUUCCCACAGACCAGGACAAAGAAACAAUGUCCAAUGUCUUGGCCCCGCAGUCCAGGACAAAGAAACAAUGUCCAACGCCUUCUCCCCACAGUCCAGGACAAAGAAACAAAGUCCAAUGUCUUGGCCCCGCAGUUCAGGACAAAGAAACAAUGUCCAACGUCUUCUCCCCACAGUCCGGGACAAAGAAACAAUGUCCAACGCCUUUUCCCCAAUAGUCCAGAACACGGAAACAGUAUCAAAACGCCUUCUCUCUCACAGUCCAAGACAAGACAUAAAAUGCCCAACGUCUUCGCCCCACAGUCCAGGACAAAGAAACAAUGUCCAACGUCUUCUCCUCACAGCCCCGGACAAAGAAACAAUGUCCAACGCCUUAUCUUCAACAGUCAAGAACAAGGAAACAAGCUGGCUGCUGCUUUUCUCACUUUUAGUGGGUGGAUAUGGAAAGGAAGAAAUCUGCCCGUGCGUCUGGAAAGAAAUUGGACCAAGCGACUGGUACUAUACAACCCCUCGAUGUUCAUGCCCCAUAUCAUCUGAGUGUCCAACGGAAUGGAACGAUUCUGAUGACAUGUCAGUUACGUUUAGAUGGCCAGAUCGACUGGAAUACGUACUUCAGAUGAAAUUCUGCGACCAUAUUUAUCAACCAAACUCCCCCCUCUGCAAAGAAGAGCCCGGAAAUGUGGCUUUUACUCUAUCAAGACAUCCCCCCGAUAUCAGAGCCAAUCACUUGGCCCAUGCUAACUGUAAGUGCCAACCGGGAGUCGCUGCCAUGAUGAAGUCUCAAUGGCAAGAAGAAGGACCAGACUCCUCAGUAACAUACCACAAUUUUACAUGUUAUCAGCCAAGAUGCAGCCAAACUGACUUUUGUCGUUUGGACUAUUUCGAUGGACACAUUGAGCACAGCUGUUUCUGUCCACAAGGUUCCACUUGCGAGCGAACAACGGACAAUUCAAACAAAAUUAACAGAAGAGGACUGGAGCACGUAUAUGACAUCUAUGAAUGCAAGAAGUCACCAUACUGGGGUUAAUCUCAAAGUAUUCUUGAACAAUCGUGGACUACUCUGGGACAUGGACAAUUAAAUUAAAAUCUAUAACGCAUGAUCUACAGCCAAAAAUGCUUAUGAUGCUAUUAAAUAUACUUACAACUGAUAAACAAUUAAACAGGUAUAAAGUUGUAUUUGAUUGUAUCAGAGGUUAAUGGGUAAUCAAAAAUUUCAUAGCUAGAUCAUGAUUCAUGAUCUCCGAAUUUCUAGUAUAUUUCACAACAUCUGAACAAUGGUAAUCAAAAAGACAAUUAAUAUUGUAAUACAUAUGUACCGGUAGGCUUUUAAGAUAUUGGGGAGCUUUAGCUUGCAAUGUUUUUCACAACGUAAACGUAAACGGAAAAUAUUUAAGCGAUGCAUGUGUAUGGGCGAUUGGCCAUACGUAUAGGUUGACGUUUCGAUUUUAUAUGCAAGCUUAAAAUCCCU